AUGGAAGUGCAACAGAAUAAGCAGCCCAAAACAACAGAAAGGGCCUUGCGACGAGUUCAAAAAUUUGUGGCAUCAACCAAUCAAAUACAAGAUGAGCACGCUCAUGAGCCACAAGUGAAGAAGCGGAAAAAAUCAGUUAAACGUAUAGCUAUCUCAGAGGUGAAUGAUGACGGAGCAGUAAUAAAUUGCAACUUGACAACAACAUCAAGUCAUAAACUGGAAGAAGAAAUAGAUUGCACCUACUGCAAUGCUCUGAGGUUUCAAUAUGAACCCCCAACAUUCUGUUGCGGAGGUGGCUGUAUCAGUUUAGCACCUAAUGAAGUGGCCGAUGACUUUUAUGAAUUAUUUGUGUCUGACUCAGAAGAUGCUAAGUUAUUCAGGAAAAAUAUACGCGCGUAUAAUAGCAUCUUUGCUUUUACAUCAUUUGGAGUUAAGCUCGACAAGGAAUUGGCAUCUUCCAGGAAAGGAGUUUACAGUUUCAAGGCACAAGGACAAAUAUAUCAUGAUCUACCAUCAUUAAUCCCAAACAAUGACAAACCACGGUACUUUCAACUAUACUUCUAUGAUACUGAUCAUGAAUUAGCCAAUAGAAUGUCGGUACUGGAAGAUGCAAACUUAUCAGAGGAGGUCAUGAUCAAAAUAAGAAACAUAAUGGAGAUGAAUCCAUAUGCAAAAUUCUUCUCACAGCUUAAAGAACAUACAAGCUUUCAAAAUAUGGAAAUACGCAUAGCGGCAAAUGCAUCAUUAGACCAAAGGGUGUAUAAUAAACCAUCAGUGGAUCAGGUCGCAGCUAUUUGGGUAGAUGGUAACAAUCCAAUUAUACCGUUCGAACGAGAUAUUGCAGUACAUGAACACUCAGGAGAAGGAGGUUGGCAUCAAGGAAUACAAAAGUGUCGCAAUCCAAUCAAAAAUAGUCAAAGAGCGGCGUUACCAAGUCACCAGAUAGGUAGAUCAUCAUUCACCAAUGCCGCAGAGAUGUUGGCCCAUGAAGAACAAGGUGUACGACGCGAAACAAAAGGUUCGAUUUCCUGCAGGGAGUACUACUGCUAUAAACUACAAGUCCGAACAAGUGACAAGUCCAUAUUGUUACUGUGCGGGAGAUUGUUGCAGCAGUUUGUUGUGGACAUAUACAUCAAAAUAGAAACAACAAAACUUGAAUAUUAUAGAUUAGAGAAAUCAAAUUAUCGAAGGGAGAUACUCGAAGGUAUUGUUGAUAGUGUUACGGCAGGCGAGAGUAGAGGGGACAAGGUAGGACAAAGGGUAUUACUGCCAGGAUCGUUCAUUGGAGGCCCCAGGGAUAUGCGACGAUGCUAUAUGGAUGCUAUGGCGUUGGUUCAAAAGUUUAGAAGACCAGACCUAUUCAUCACCAUGACAUGUAACCCAGAAUGGAUUGAGAUUCAACAAGCCUUGCUUCCAGGUCAAUUACCUCAAGACAGGCCAAAUUUGGUUACCAGAGUGUUUCGAGCAAAAUUGCAAGACUUGAAAGACCAAAUCUUCAAAAAAGAAAUAUUUGGAACGAUUGCAGCACAUGUUUUUGUGGUAGAAUUUCAGAAGAGAGGCCUACCACAUAUUCACCUCCUUCUAAUAUUUAAAGAAGGUAAUAAGAUACGAUCAGCAGACGAGUAUGAUAGAUACAUUUCAGCCGAAAUCCUGGAUAGUGACACACAUCCAGAAUUGAGUGCAUUAGUUGUAAGACAUAUGAUACAUGGACCUUGCGGCGAAAAACGAAAGACAAGCCCGUGUAUGAAGGAUGGACAAUGUAAAUUUCACUACCCACGAGCAUUCAACAACAAAACAAUACAAGAAAAGGAUGGAUAUCCAAUUUACAAAAGAAGAAAUGAUGGGAAAACAAGUGAGGUCCGGGAAAUGAAGAUGAAUAACCAAUGGGUUGUACCAUAUAAUCCAUAUUUGCUGAUGAGAUAUAAUUGUCACAUUAAUGUUGAGGCAGCCAAAGAAAGAGGGUUAUUAGAAUCAGAUAACAGCAUUUCAGAAUGUUUACGCGAGGCUGUCACCUUCAAGAUGCCCUCCGCCCUUCGAUGUUUGUUUGCAACAAUCUUGGCUCGUUGCAACCCAACAGAUGUCAGAUGUCUCUGGGACACAUAUUAUGGGGAUAUGUCCGAAGACUUUCAAAGGAGCCAUUCAAGAACAACAGACGCACCAAUCCAAUGUACCUUGAAAAGUAUUAACUAUUACUUGGAGAGUAUGGGGCAAAGUGUGGACAAAUAUGACAUCCCUCAGAUCAAACAACAACCACUUCAAACUGAACCACGUGAAUGUAGAGAAAUAAUUGAAGAAAUGUCUGUGAAAGUGCCAGCUGAAGAUGUUGUUGCUCAAUCAAAAUUGAAUCAAGAACAAGCGUAG